CUCGCCGCAUCAACAUCGGACUGUUAAACAGAAAAAUGUAGGCAUUAUAAAUUUGAGGUGGACGGAAGAUGUGGGGCGGAGUGGAGGGAGGGAGGCUGUCGAUCUGGCAGUUAGGAGCACCGAAGAAGUAUAAGGGUCCUCCACUGGCUUCCAAGCCAGCCAAAUCUGGCGAAGGGAAGCAGAAAAAGAAAGAGACGUAUGACAAGCUGCUUAGUGAAGCUCCCAAGUAUAAGCUCAUCACUCCUUCAGUCCUAUCUGACAGAUUGAGGAUUAAUGGCUCCCUUGCAAGGAAAGCAAUCAAGGAUCUGAUGGCAAGAGGCUUCAUUAGGAUGAUAUCUGCCCAUCUUAGUCAGCAGAUUUAUACCAGAGCUACCAAUACAUAAGGAAGAUGUACUACUGCCCCUGCAGUUUAGAUGGAGAACUAAUUCUUUCACGUUUUCCUUUUUUGUUGGAAAACUUGUGAGGAAUGCCAUUUUCGUGCUGCCAAAUUUGUCAGUUGUCUUUUGGAUCCAAAUCUCUGUAGUUUGUUGCUAAAUUAUGGUAUUUUUUAAUAUCAUAAUAUCUUCUUGUUGGAAAUCUAUCUCUGCCAUGCUUAAUAUGAUUUGCAAAAACAUAAAUUCAUAAUGUCUUG